GGCGAUAAUGUUCAGUCAUGUGUUCAAGUCCGGGGGUAAGAAGAAGAAGGCCGAUUGAUGAGACGGACGAAUCUCGUACAGAAUACAAUACAAAGUUGUUGUUGUCGGAGGGAGUGAGAACCUGAAAACCAAAUUAUUCUGGAAGUCGCUAGUCUACAUAUUAUGGAUACAAAGAAAACUGUUAUUGUGACAGGAUUCCAACCUUUUGGAGAACAUAAAGUGAAUGCAAGCUGGAGUGCGGUGCAGGAGUUAGAGAAGCUGGGUUUGGGUGAGGACAUUAACCUACUGGUGAAGGAGAUCCCUGUGGAGUACAAGGCUGUCAGCAAACUCCUUCCAUCACUAUGGAAACAGUAUCAACCUGAGCUGGUGGUCCACGUUGGUGUCUCGGGAAUGGCCACCUCCGUUACCCUAGAACAGUGUGGGCACAAUUACGGAUACACCCGCCUGGACAACUGCCACUUCUGUCCAAAUUCACAAUGCUGCAUUAACGAAGGCCCUGAUUGCAUUAUGUCAGUCAUAGACAUGGAUUCUGUGUGCGAGAAAGUUAACUCCUCCAGUCAAGGUGUUGCUUUUUCUGUGUCAAAGGAUGCUGGCAGAUACUUAUGUGACUACACCUACUACACCUCACUGUACCUUGGCAACCGCAGGUGUGCUUUUGUACACGUGCCUCCCUUGGGGAAGCGCCACAGCGCGGAGGACCUGGGCCGAGCCCUUCAGGCCGUCGUCCUGGAGAUGCUCCAGUCAAUGGAGGACCAAAUGGACCAGGACCAGGACCACUGUCAGGACGAACACUGACCCAAGACUGCCAGCCUAAAGCUUCACAGAGUUUUAAGACUUCAUAAGACCGUUCAGUUGAGAGUUCUCUGUAAACACGAUGAGGUGCUUCUCUCUACUUCAGAUAUUCCACAACAGCACAAUCCCCACUGGCCAAGGUCAGUGGUGUUGGCCUCGGACCAGCCGUGCCUGUCUUUUGAGUGUGCAUGGCUCCGGACAAGCAAUUUAUGACAUUCAAUCUGUUGACACAGGUUACUUUGACCUUUGUUUAUGCUAGAGAUGUCAUCUAGAGAGUUGUCACAUAGUCUCUCUUUACUGACAGAGAAAUGAUUGCUCUUUAAGGGUGGGUUUAUUUAAAGGCUCGAACAUGUGGUUGCUAUGUUACAGAUGUACAUUCUUGUCUGUUGGCCUUGUGGAUUGUAGGAGCAGACUCCUAUUGCAUUCAUUUUGUGGUGUUACUAAAUGCCAAAAGAUUUGCGAUUUGAGCCUCAUAGUAGUUCAGUUUUUAUAUUUUGAACAGGAAAUCGUCUAAUUUUGUAUUUGUUGUCACCUAGAUACGGUCAUUGACAUCCAGCAUCAUAGAUCUUGGUGUUGUAGUGAGAUUUUGAUUAAGGACAGACUGUAGGAGCACGUUAUAUGGUGACGGCUGGUGUUGUCCAUUCCACAGCUGUAGUUGUCAUGGAAGCACUGCUGUAUAGUAAUCACACUGAAUAGACCUGUGAGCCACACUUAACAGCCGUGCUUGCCAAUGACAAUACGGUUUUAUUCAGAUUCCAUUACUGUUCUGUGAAAAUACAAUAAAGCGGUUAUGCAACUAAGUGUUUUGCAAAAGCAUAUUUUGUGUAUGUAUUUGCUGUGUUCAAAAUCAUUCAAUGAUGUCAAGGUUACUGUGAUUUUCUUUUGUUGAUGUAGUUAUGGUAAGCAAAACAAACUUUGACUGGUAUAUGUCAUUUUAGUAACAUGUAUGCCUCUAAACUGUCUCAAAAAUAAAUAUUUUUGAUUAUAAAUAAACUUUCUCAAAUAAU